AUGUCUGUCUUAUCCGUCGGCCUCUCCACAACACACUCCCUCGCAAAAUCCCCCACCUCCUACAUCUACCUCCUCACAAACCAAGGAGUACAAUCCGACGUCCACUGCUCACCCACUCCCUCCUCUAACCCGCGCCAGUGCGUUCCGUCGCGUUUCGUUCCUAAUCCCCCUUCAUUCCUCAACGCAUCUCAUCCCAUCCCAUCUCACCUCACUAAUCACUCCCUUCCCCUAUCUAGAGUCUCCCUCCUCGACUCCUCCCUCCUCACCACGCUCUCCGCCUCCACGCCCCUCUCCCCGGGCUCGCUCGGCGAAAACAUCACAACGUCUAACCUCGACCUGACCUCGCUGCCGCUGCACACGCUGCUGCAUUUCGGGGACCACGACGGCCAUGCGGUUGUAAGGAUUACGGGGACCCGGGAGCCGAGGAAAAGGGCGGCGGAGUGGCCGACGGGGUUGAGGGAGAGAGAGAGGGGGAGCAGGAAGCAGAAGGUGGGCGUUAUGGGGGUUGUGGUGAGAGAUGGGUAUGUGCAGCCUGGGGAUGUGGUUUUUGUGGAGAAGGGGAAGGGGGGAAAGUUGGGGAGUGUGUGA